UCUGUGGUGAAGGCAUAAGUCGAGCAGCUAAAAACCAGUGGAAGAGGAAAUCAGUAGAAUCUCUCUCGUCUCUCUCUCUCUCUCUCUCUCUCUCUCUCUCUCUCAGUCUAAGGGUUUUCUGCUUGCAGUCUACCUUCAGUCUAUCUGUAAUCCUCAUCGUCGGAUCAUUUUCAACUCAAGACGAGCGGAAUCUCUAAACGCAUUGCAGAUCUGGUCCUCUGUUAGGGAAUUGAACAAUCUUAUGUCCAUGUCUUCACCUUAUCAAGUUCACGUCACCGCUGCGCAGGUAGCAUCUUACUUCGUCGGCCAGUACUAUCAGGUGCUGCAGAAUCAGCCUGAGUUUGUGCAUCAGUUUUACACCGAUGCUAGCACUGUGGUCCGCAUUGAUGGGCACACUCGUGAGAUGGCCAGUGGAAUGCUGCAAAUCCAUACACUGGUUAAGUCUCUUGAUUACCGUGGAGUAGAAAUCACGACACUACAUUCUCUGGAGUCUUGGAACGGAAGUGUGAUGAUGAUGGCUACAGGUGUGGUACAUACUAAGGUUUCCAAUGCAAGGCGAAAAUUUGCGCAGACUUUUUGCCUUGCUCCGCAGGAGAAAGGCUUCUUCCUUUUAAACGACAUAUUUCAUUAUAUUGAGGAUGACUCUGUCAGUCCACUUGCUUACUUUCCUAACAUGAGAACCCAAGUGAACGUUUCACCAACUACUCAAGGAACAGCAUCUACUAACUUCAUGUUAGUUGGAGACAAUAAUCCCAUGGAGUACACAAAUCCAGCAGAUUUCAAAGAAAAUGGUGCACCGAAUAACUACAGCUUCUCCGAUUCACUGCUGCUGCAUGCUUCCGAGGUUGACAAUAUUUCUGCAGAUAAGUUUACACAGCUGUCCAACGGGUCUAUUCCCAAUGCAGUUGCUUCCUUGCAAGAAUAUAUGUCUCCUCCAACUGAAGAGCCUGCUGAAGAACCGCAGAAACACACUUACGCUUCAAUUUUGCAGGUUACGAAAGGGCAAUCUGUCCCAUCAGCGCCUUCCCAGGCCCAUAUCAACAAGUCUAAACCUGCUCCAGAAUGGAAUCAUGUCUCAGAACCUCAGCACACUGUGGCGUCUGCAAAUGCUGUAGAAACCUCUCCGCCUGAUGCUGAAGAGGAGAGUCCUCUGGUGGAAGAAGGUGAACUUAAAUCUGUAUAUGCGAGAAACUUACCUCCUACUGUGUCUGUUUCUGAAAUUGAGGAGGAAUUCAAGAGAUUUGGCAAACUUGGGCCAGAUGCCAUUGCAAUUAGAAAUCGGAAGGACCUUGGCGUGUGUUAUGCCUUUAUUGAAUUUCUUGAUAUAACUGGAGUCCACAAUGCUAUCAAGGCGGCAUCAGUUGAGAUAGGUGGGCAGCAAGUAUUCAUUGAAGAGCGCAGGGCGAACAGAUACAGUGGAUUCCGAGGAGGAAGAAGAGGAAGGUACAGAGGUGGGCAUCAAUAUGGCGGCCCAAGAGGUGGUCGUUUUGGAAGAGGGUAUGGUCAGGACGCAGGAGAGUACUACAAUAACAGGGGGAGGGGGAAUGGUUACUACAGACCAUCCGGGAGGCAAGACAGGGGGGUGUUUGUUUCUAGGGCGACGCAAGACCAGUCAGAAUAUGAAUGAUGAGAUUGAUUGAUGGUUUGGUUUUAAAGUUGAGUGGCGAAAUUUUGGGGACUAGCUUUCAUCAUUUAACAUUACAUUCUUCUCCCUCCCUUCUACAAGAUAUAUAUUUUUAGAUUCUUCUCCCUCCCUUCUACAAAAUAUAUAUUUUUAGACUCAGUACAAUAUAUAUUCUUCUUGUUUCUCCUAGGUGGAGGAGGAGAUUAGAAUCAUUAGAACAAAUUUUGUUUGUGGUUUUUCUUUCUUUCUUUUUUUUUUUGAUAAAACAUAUCCCAGAGUUUACAUAAUUGAUUACAAUUUUAUUGAAAGAAAUCCCUUUAUUUGUGGAUGAUA